AUGGUUUUCCGCGACAUCCUGAGUGGCUUUGCGCUGGGCCUUCCGCUGGUUCAGGGCGCCAUUCCGUCCAUCCCGGGCUUCAGCCUAGUUUGGGCCGAGGACUUCACGGGUAACGCUGGCAGCCUACAUCAGCAGCACCAACAAUCUGCGCCUCAACGGAACGGCCGCCUCCAAAUCAUCGCCAUCCGGGAGAGGCACGGCUGCUGGACAUCGGCCCGCAUUGAGUCCCAGCGAGCCGACUUUGUCUGCCGCAAAAGCGGCAAGAUGCGCAUCGAGGCCAGCCUGAGCGUGCCUGCGACUUUGGGAGCUGCCUACAGGGGUCAAUACUGGAAUUGGCCCGGAAUUGGCGAGUUCGACAUCAUGGAGAACGCCAACGGCAUCAACCGGGUGUGGGGAGUCCUGCACUGCGGCCCGCGAGUGCCCGGCGCCGCCUGCCAGGGCAACUUGCACACCUACACGUUCGAGGUCGACCGGACGCAGCAGCAGCUCAAGGCCAUCCGCUUGUUCGUCGACGGCAUCCUCUUCCACCAGAUCGCCGUCCACAACCCUCACUUCAUCCUGCUCAGCCUUGCCAUCGGCGGCGCCUUUCCCAACAAGAACUACAGCAACACCACGCCCCUCCCCACGACCACCUCGGGCGGGGUCUUCGAGGCACAGUACAUUGCCGUGUACAACAACUAA